CAAAUUAUCCCUAAUCGUUAGGGCAAGAGAUUUCAGAUAUUUUCUCUUUACUAUCCAGCGAAGAUGUACAACGGAAUCGGGCUACAAACGCCGCGAGGCUCCGGCACCAACGGCUACAUCCAGACAAACAAGUUCUUCGUCAAGCCAAAGACGAACAAAGUCCUCGUAGACGGCGGCAAAGGUUUUGAGUCCGGCCAAGGAACUGCCGGAGUGACGAGGAAAGCGAACAAGGACAUUCUCGAACACGACCGGAAACGGCAGAUUCAGCUCAAACUUCUAGUCCUUGAAGAUAAGCUUACCGAUCAGGGAUACACCGAUGCUGAGAUUAAGGAAAAGCUCGAUGAAGCUCGACGUAAUCUGGAGGCAACAUCUGAAGAUUCUGGUGGAUCCACUGCUAUUGGCUAUGAAAGGGUUUCGGAAACACAGACACACCAGAUUGCUGCUUUGAAGGAAAGGCAGAUGGAAACCUUAAAAGCUGCUCUCAAGAUAGGGGCUGAACACGAGACCCAGAAGAAGCGGCAUGAGGCUUUAGAUUUAGAUUCUGAAGAGAAUGAAGAUGGUGAUAAUAAUGAGCUUGUUGAUAGGAAGUGGCAGGGGAAGGACUUGAGAAAAGAGAAGGAUGAGGGUAAGCGUCAUAAGAAAACAGAGAAGAAGAAAAAACGUGAGGAUUCUUCUGACACUGACAGUGGUGACAGCCAUGCCGAAAAGCCUAAGAAGAAGAACCAUAAAAAGGCCCACUAUUCUAGUUCUGAUUCUGAUACUGCUGUUGGUAAUAAGUCAAAAAAGUUGUCUGCCAGGGAAAAAAAGGGUAGAAGGCGGCAUCACAGUGACGAUUCACUCUCUGAUUCUUCCUCAGAUUCUGAUUCUUAUCCAGAGUCUGAUAAGGAGAAGAAACAUGCAAAAUCCCGUAGGAGACAUUCUGAGGGUGAGCAUAAUGAUGGCCGUGAUGCAAAAGCCAUUAAGUUUCAGCAAGGUAGAAGACACGAUUCUGAUGAGGAUGACUACAAAAAUGAUCGUGAUGUCGAUAACAAGAUGAUUCAGAAGGAGAGAAGGCAGGUUACUGAGAGUAAGUAUAAUGAUGGUCGUGAUGCUAAAAACAAGAAGUCACAAAGAGGUAGAAGACAAGAUUCUGAUGAUGACGAUGAUGGUAGUGAUCGUGAUGUAAAAAGCAAGAAGAUUCAGCAAGGGAGGAGACAUGUUACUGCAGGUGAGUAUGAUGGUGGUCGUGAUUCUAAAAACAAGAAGUCUCAAAGAGGUAGAAGAUACGAUUCUGAUGAUGAUGAUUAUGAUGAUGAUAGUAAUGAUCGUGAUGUAAAGAGCAAGAAGAUUCAGGAAGGAAGGAGACAUGUUACUGAGGGCGAGCAUGAUGAUGGUUGUGAUGCUAAAAACAAGAAGUCUCAAAGAAGUAGAAGACACGAUUCUGAUGAUAAUGAUGAUAGUACUGAUCGUGAUGUAAAAAACAAGAAGAUUCAGAAAGGGAGAAGGUACGAGUCUGAUGACAGCGAGUAUGAUGAAGGCUAUGAUGCCAAGAAAAAUAAGACUAAAAAAAGUGAACGAUGCAAUUCUGACAAGGACGAAGGUGAAAUCAGCAGUAGCGACUAUUCUCGCAGCACCAGUGGUUCAGAUAUCGAGAAGAGUUAUCGUGGACAUAAGAGUGUAGAUAGGACCAAAUCUGAGACGAUCAAUAGAAGUGGUCGUGGAGAUGAUUCUGGUGGUAGGUGGGAGAGUUCGAUUGUGAAAGAUAGGGCAUUUCAGGAGGAUGAUUUGAGAAAAAGGGAAGUUGCACAAGCUUCUGAUAAAGGAUUGGACACGUUCAAGAAAUUGGAGAAGUUAUAUCAAUCGAGGGAAGAUGUGAUUGGUGGAUCAAGUGCUAGUCAAGAGUUGUUGAGGGGUAAGAGAAAACUAGAUGACGAAAACUUGGAUGAACCCGAGGGGAAGUCAAGGAAGAUAGAUUCUAGAAAAGACGAAGAGCAUGGAAGGCCUAAUAGUGAAGCUGAGAAGCAAAGUAGGUCAUACAGGAGUAUUAAGGACAGAAGUAAAGAUCAACAAGCAAGAACUGCGGGAGAAUAUGAAGGUGAUGGCGGAGAGCGUGACACGAAAAUUCAGAGUCGGAAUGAACUGCACCGUGAAAGUCGACGUGAGAAUCGAGAUUAUGAAGUGGCUGGACGGGAGAGAAGAGAAAGUAGGGAUGAUGAUCGCUGGGAAAUGAAGCAAAAAAGAGAUGAAGAGGAAGAUCGGUACAGGAAGCAUGAACAAGAAGAGGAGGAGCAUAGAAGCAGAACACGUGAUAGUUAUAGAGGUCAUGACUCUCACAAGAGGGCUAGACAUGAUGAUUUACAUUCUGGUGGAAAGAGAAGAUAUGAUGACAAAUAUGCAGACAAGCGGACUAGGCGGUGAAAGCUGCUUUAGAUUGUGACAUGCUAGGAUAGCAAGAGUUUCAGCAGCUCAGUGGAGGAAGAUCGCGGAUGCCGAGCAUAAAGAGGCAAAGCUUGGUUAGCUGUUUGGUAUCAGAAGUGGAGAUG